UGUAAUUCAAUCUCCUCCCCUGUCAAAAGCAAAUAACGAAGAGAAGGGAAGGCGACGCAGAGAAAGGACAGGAUUCUCCUCUCUGUUGUGUGAGUGUGAGUGGUACAUACUAUCAACGGAAUAAAUGCUGCGCGGCGGCGGCGUUCUCAGUCGGACAGGCGUCGCCACAACAUACGCCGGCAUCAUUUUAUGCCUCUUCCUCGUUGUCGAGAUCGUCUACUGCAACAACAAUUCUCAGGUCGGAUGCAGCAAGACAUGUGUUGCAGAGAAUUGUAAUUCGGUUGGGAUUCGAUACGGGAAGUACUGCGGGGUAGGAUGGAGUGGAUGUCCCGGGGAAAAACCCUGCGAUGAUCUCGAUGCUUGUUGCAAGAUUCACGACGAAUGCGUAGAGAAAAAAGGUUUAAUGAAUGUGAAAUGCCAUGAGAAGUUCAAGAGGUGCAUAAAAAAAGUGCAAAAAUCUGGGAAGGACGGCUUUUCUAGGGAUUGUCCGUACGAAACAGCUGUACCUACAAUGGUACAGGGUAUGGAUAUGGCCAUCUUACUGAGCCAGUUGGGUAGCCCGAAGCUUGAACUCUGAUUCUGUAAACCAUACGCAGGUUGAAGAAGUAUGGUUGCAAUCAUUCUUUUCAUUCAACAAUGUCAAUCAAAUAUAUAAAACUCAAGGCAAUUUGUCCAGGUGUGCGGACUUUCUGAUUGUUUAGCGUGUUAGUAAAGAUUUUUCAUUUUCAUUUUCAUUUUUCCCACACCCUCGAGGUUUUACUGUAUCUUCACAAUUUCCUAGCUUUGAAUUCUUACAGCUGAGUACAGAAAUUUGAAUUCUUCUCCAAUGAAACUUGAUCAUGAAUAGUUUGUCUAUUUUCUAAA